AUGGGGCUGGGAGGGGGCGUGUUGUUGGUUGUUGGUUGUGCCUCUGUUGGUUGUGUUUUCUCAGAGUCAGUCAGAAAAGAGAAUGACCGCCAGGGACCAAACUCGACGUGGUUCUCUGCCAGGGUCCGCUACAGCCUUGAAGAAUCAUCGGCCGCUACCCUCAGCAUCCCUGCAAUGGAAUAUCAACAGAGAAAUCAGGAUUGGAAAAGAAUAUCCGGAGCCGGCACUGCUCAGUUUCUAGAAUGUUUGGCCCAAGCAUUACCCGCAUUGCUUGCUUUACAUAGCCUACUGAGGAUGCCUCGUCGAAGUGAAUUCGACACAAACAAUAAUGGGCCAUCAUCGUUGAGAGUCAUGUCAUCUCUGCUGCGAGGCGUUAUUCCAACUCUAUAG